AUUGCCGAUCCUUCCAUCGUCGUCUCUGACAUACAACGAGGAAAAAAUGGUGGUCUCGAAGCAAAACUAUGAGGAUUUGCGUAAGCAAAGGUUGGAGGAGAACAAGAGAAGGAUGGAAGAACUGCAUCUUCCUCAGCUCUCUCAAGCUCUGAAAACCGCUCACUCCCCAAAGCCUUCUCCGAUGAAGCGUACAAAACCUCGUGUGAUUGGGACAGAAAUGGUGGAGGUGAGGAGAUCAAGUCGUGUUGCAAACAAGCCUGCCCCUGUUUACAAGGAAAUCGUGGUUUAUGAGCGAGUUGACUUACCAAGGAGUAGUAGAAGGUAUACCUAUUCGCGGAGGGACCUGGCAAACCGGGUUUAUGCAUCUGAUGAAGCUAGGGAGUAUGCUAUAAACAAAGCCGAUGAACUUGAAGCUAUGCUUGAAGGUGGUCAUCCUUCAUUUGUCAAGCCCAUGCUUCAGUCACAUGUGACCGGCGGAUUUUGGCUGGGUCUCCCAGGUCAUUUCUGCAGGAAAAACCUACCAAAGAAAGAUGGAACUGUCACCUUGAUAGAUGAAGAAGGUGAAGAGUUCCCAACGGUCUACUUGGCUCACAAAGCUGGUCUUAGCGGUGGAUGGAGAGGGUUUUCCAUAUCUCAUGGAUUAGUUGAUGGAGAUGCACUCGUUUUCCAGCAAACAAAACCGACUGUUUUUAAGGUAUAUAUUAUAAGAUGCAAAGAUUAUCAAGAGGGUGAAAAAAAUGAUGUUUCGGAUGCUUAAUUAAGUGCACAAAUUAACAUAGGUUUCGGUAUUAUUUAGUUGGAUGAAAUUGAGCAUGAUUUUGGAGAUAUGCGAUCGAGUUCUGUUCGGCUUCUUGUAUGUAAAGUCUAGGACUGCCCAAGGUUCAAUUUCUUUUGUAAUGUAUGAAAUCUGAAACCAUAGUAGUAGCUUUGUGUUGUCAUAUCUCAACCACAUAUGAUAUUCAUUUUCCCAUAGCAAUGACAUGUUGAUUGUCCUUUGUUCCUUUUCC